UCGAGAUAACUAAGCCGCAAGCAUGGCUUCAAUUUUGAGGUCCUCGAAAUUUGUGCGAUACAUCGCGGGCUUCGCGAGAAACGUGUGCGUCAACCCGCCAAGAGAAUUCGACGGCACCCUAAUCAACACCACACAAUGCCUAUGCGGUGCCAUACCACGAUCGUUCGCGACACAAGCACAAGCGAACUCACAGCAUGACCAAAACUUGGAAAGGAGCCUCAAAAGAAUCGACCAGGAUGUGAGGAAAAGCGGCCGAAUAUCGAGGAGGGACAUAGAGGAUGUGUUGGAGGAAAUCAGAAAUGCAAGGUCGGCCACCAGUUCACAGUCCCUCCUUGUUAUCCGGUGUUGUGGUAACUUAGUACCUGAAGAGCUGCCUGAAGUCAGGACAAAGUUGGUGCAGGAAAUUUGGAACACACUGAACAAGCUCAAUGUACCAAUGGAUGUGUCACAUUAUAAUGCUCUGUUGAGGGUUUAUUUGGAGAAUGAACACGAAUUCUCUCCAAUUGAGUUCCUGAGUGAAAUGGAGGGACAAGGGAUUGAGCCCAACAGAGUCACAUACCAGAGAUUGAUUGCGAGGUAUUGCCAAGAUGGGGAUAUCGAAGGUGCCACCAAAAUUUUGGAGUACAUGAGGGAGAAACAAUUGCCUGUCAAUGAAAACGUGUUCAAUGCACUCAUAGUAGGACACUCACAAGCUGAUGAUCUGGAGUCUGCCUAUGGCAUCCUAUCAGUAAUGAAACAAGCAGGUCUUGAACCUAGUGCUGAUACUUACACGACGUUGUUGUGCGGCUACGCGAGAAAAGGCGACAUAGAAACGAUAGAAAGAAUUGCCACUGAAUGCGAAGCUACUGAAGUCUUCUUAUUAGACAAAGACUAUUUGGAUAUAGUCUAUUCAUUGGCUGUUAAUGGACACUCCCAACACAUUCCCAAUAUCCUAUCCAAAGUCCGCAAAUCUAUCGGCUACAAUCAGGACGCAGUCAACCUCAUCCUGAGGUUGAUCAAUAAGGGACAAGACGAUGCGGCAUUCACCGUCCUACAAUCAAUGGUCAGAAACACAAGGGCAGAUGGAACUUUGCAACCAACCGGAAUUUUCUUCGUCAGACAGUUGGUCAAGGCUAAUCGUCCCUUCGAUGUCAUUUUACAACUUUGCAGGAAGUUGGAAGCGGAAAACAUGUACGACAAAGCCCUUUUAUUGGCUGCCGAAACGAGUUUGCAAUUGGGCAACGACGAGCUAGCCUACCCGUUAAUUCAGGAGCUUCAGAAAACCGGAGUGGAGGUCAGACCUCACUUCUUCUGGCCUCUAAUUGUCUCGAAGACGACUGAUAAGGAAGUCAUCGGUGUUUUGAAUAAGAUGAACGAGUUAAACAUCGCUCCCAACAACGAGACCAUCAGAGAUUAUGUGAUUCCUAAAUUAAGGGGCAAGAGCACCGAAAUUUUGUCCACACUGAGAGAGGCGAACAUUUCCUUGGGAUCGUCCGCCGCCAGUUUGGUCUUAUCACUUUUGCAAAGAAACGAAAUCGACGAGGCUGCGAUCAUUGCGAACCGCGUAAACGCCUACUACGCACCUGAGUUAAUUAGACGACCUUUAACCCAGGCCUUUUACAAAACCAAGGACCUUGAGAGCUACAUCACGAUAUUGAGGGUCGUACACGAUAAUUUGGACAGGAAGACCAAGGUUGUUGAAGAUGAGGUGUCUGUAGACAAAAUUGAAGUUGUUGGCAGCUUUUUGAUUGAUCUUGCCUAUAACUCAACGCCAUUCCUCAAUAACAUAGAAAACGUGUUAAAGGCAGUCGUGAACCAGGGUCUGUCAAUUAGCUCCAAGGCAGCACUUACUUUGGAAGAAAAGCUGGGGGAGAAAAUGACUGAAAACAUUUCCAAUCUCCUUGGAAAAUUAUCUUCUGGAGAUUUGGUGCCAAUUCCAUUGGAAAAGAAGCCCCCAUCCUACACUCCUUACAGCCAGAUGAACAUACCACAAUUGGAAAGACUUAUCGCCAACUUGGAAGCCAAAAGUCAGGAAACUCAGGGUCUCAAGAGGCAGCUAUUCAAUCUUUAUUACCGCUCCAAGGAUUUGGAGAAGAUCGAAGCGCUCAUUGACAAAGUUAAGAACGAAAACUUCAGCUUCUCCGCCGGAGUAUACGCACAAAUCCUCGACGUAUACGCGUACAACGAUAACUCCGACAAGGCUAUGGAAUAUUUGGAGAAAAUUAAGGAAAUUGAAGGCCCCAACUUCAAACUAGACGAGCUGAAAAUAAUUCGUUUGGCCAGCGCCUUGGUCAAGAACAAGCACUUGGAUCAGGCUUUGGAUGUUCUCGAAAACGUCACCAGGGAUAAAAUCAGCGAGGAACAUGGAUUCCCCUACAUUUCUGCCUUGUGGAGGAUGCUGAAUGUCCUAGCUGAAGAAGGCAGAGUCGAGGAACUAAACAAUCUUUUCAACCUGCUUGUAAAGAAGGAAUACAUGGAACCAAACAACAUCCUAUUGGGUUCCUUGAUCAAAGUCCAUCUGGUCAGGCAGGAAAUCGACUUGGCUCUACAGAAGUUCGAGUGGUGUGUCAACCAGUUCAAAGCCACACCGUGGAAGAACGAGCUCGCCUGCCAGUUGAUCAACUCCGAAGACGCCGAGAAACUGCAGAAAUUGACGGACCUGAGCACAUCCGUGCACGGGGAAAUCAACAGUCUGUACGACUUGGUGUUCGCGUUCGUUGAAUGCGGACGUGUGAGACAGGCCAGGAAAAUUCUGGAGACCCCCGGCCUUCAAAGCAGACCGCAGAGAAUCAACACCGCGUGCGAAAGGUACAUGAACGAAGGCAUGGUUAAACCUUUGGAAGGUUUAAGAGACGCCACCAAGGACCUGAACCACAUUGACCGCGGCGACAUCUACUACCAGUUGCUCUUAAGCUACAUCAAACAAGACGACCCGGAAAAGGCUCUCGGACUUUGGGAUCAGAUGCAAGAGGAAGAUUUGGCACCGAACGAUGUUUUCUUACGUAAGCUGGGCGGAUAUCUUCAGGAAAAGGGUCUUCAAGUACCAUUUGUGGUACCUCCUAAGCCGGAAGUGGUCAAGAAGGUCAAGGUACAGGUUCAACAACCGGAACAAAAUGUUCAGGCCCAGCCGAAGAGUAACUUGAAGACUCCCCAGCAAAUUUUGAGACAGAAGUUGAGGGCGAAUGAUCUGGAUGGCGCUUUGGAUGUCAAAUUGCAGUCGAACGAGAAGUUUUCGCUGGUUGAUACUUCGACUUUGAUAGAGAAAUUGAUACAGAACGAGAGGAUUAACGAUGCUAAAAGGCUUACUCUUGAAUUGUUGGAUAAAGGGUCCGUACCAAUUAACAGAGUAUUCCGGUUCUUGUUGAAUAAGUUGGCCUCUGUCGGUGAUUUGGAUAGUUUGAACGAAAUUGGGUCUAAAAUUAAUCAAGAUGCCAAGAGGCUUGUAUCAUUUGAUAACAGAAUGUGCCACGCUAACCUAGUUGCCGGAAAGGCUGAAGACUAUUUGGUGUAUUUAGAAAAAGACAUCGACAACGCUUCUGAUGAAGAACUCAAAACUAUCAGCGAGAAGUUCCCACGUGGAGGAGCUUAUGGAAUUUUAGAGAGACACCCAGACCUCAUUGAUAAAUAUGAAUCUAUUGGUAUUAAAUAUGCCAAUAAAGGAAUAGUUGCGCCAUUAAACGUACUAUGGACUCAUUAUUUCGUUUCCGGUAACUCUGAGAAAGCAUCACAAAUCUGGAAUAAUUACCUCAAGGAUUCACCUCGAAUUAUGUUCCAAAGAAUCGUUCAAACUGCUAGAGAAAAACAAGAUGAAGAACUGACAAAAAAAUUAAUAGAACAUUUGAAAAUUAGUAAUGUUACGGAAGGUGCCAUAGGAAAUGCCUACAGUUGCCUUUUAGAUGUGUUGCAUGGGAAAGGAAGGAAUGAUGAACUUGUAGCCACUUUUGAGGGGGCACUUAAAGACGUUAGAAUAGAUAGUAUUAAUAGAACUGCAGUACUUAGAGUAAAAGAAGUUUAUGAUAAGUUAGGAAAACCAUUCAAUCACCAAAUCCCUCCAAAACAUCCAAGCAAAAAUACGACAUCUAGUAGUGAUUCAAGUUCAGACGACGUAGCGAAGAAAAGUUAAUUUGUUAGGCAUUAAAAAUUAAAAAUUCAUCCAAAGAUUUCAUGCGCAAUCCUCUCUCAUUCAUUCACUUAUUUUGUUAAGUUGUAUUGUAGUCGAUUAUUUUAUAUUAUAUAUAAGUUAUAUAGUUAAAUUUGUUUUAUAAUAAAAGUUGCCAAACCGUUGAA